AUGCAAGCCUUUGCGGAUCCGCCGGCAAGAUCACGUGGACGUGGCCGUCCACGUAUACAUGCCAAUGAUGCCGAACGACAAAGAAGUCACCGCACAGCUGAAACGCGUAAUAUGCGGGAAGCACGUCUGAUUGCGAAUACGCAACGUCAGCGAAGUCGAAGGCAGAAUGAAGACAGCGCAGAACGUCUUCUCCGGCAGCUAGAAGACUCGCAUCGCCAUCAGCUGCUGAAAGAACUAUGUGAUGACCUAUUCAAAAAACAUGUACUCGGCGAAGUGGAGGCGUACGUUUACGUCAUCGAAUUCCAAAAAAGAGGUCUUCCGCAUUGUCAUAUGCUGUCAAUUAUGAAACACGACUGGAAGGCGCAAACGGUAGCCGACGUAGACAAUGCUGUGUGUGCUGAAAUACCAGACAGAGAGGAAGAACCGGAGGCGUAUGAAGCAGUCACCACGUACAUGAUCCACAGGAAAUGCGGCGCUGAUGAUCCUCAUUCACCAUGUAUGUGA